CUCCCCCUUCCUCCUCUUCCUCUUCCGAUAAAAACCGGCAGCUGCUGCAACCCUUUCUCCGCCUCCUCCUCCUUUCUUCCACCGCAAGCGACAGGACAAGGAUGAGAUGGUGAGUACUCGGCAUUUCAAGCCAGAUCCCCGUCUCCUCCUUCUCCCCUUGUUCUUGCUCCUCCUCCCUGUCGCCUCCUCGUGCGCCGGCCGUGAUGGCCACAUGCGGCGACUACGGCGGCACCUCCAAGAUCGGGGGGAAGAUAUACCGGCCAACUCCUCCGCCUUCCCCAACCCUCGCCUCCGCGACGCCUACAUUGCACUCCAGUCCUGGAAGCUCGCCAUCCUCUCCGAUCCCUUGAACCUCACCGCUGACUGGGUCGGCCCCAGCGUCUGCGCCUACACCGGCGUCUUCUGCUCCUCCCUCCCCUCCGACCCCAACCUCACCGUCGUCGCCGGCGUCGACCUCAACCACGGCGACCUCGCCGGCUACCUCCCCGACCAGCUCGGCCUCCUCGCCGACCUCGCCCUUCUUCACAUCAACUCCAACCGUUUCUGCGGCACCCUCCCCCGCUCCCUCCGCCGCCUCGCCCUCCUCCACGAGCUCGACGUCAGCAACAACCGCCUCGCCGGCCCUUUUCCCGACGUCGUCCUCCGCCUCCCCUCCCUCAAGUACCUCGACCUCCGCUUCAACGAGUUCGAGGGCGCAGUGCCCCCGCAGCUGUUCGACAAAGACCUCGAUGCCAUCUUCAUCAACCACAACCGCUUCGCCUUCGACAUCCCCGACAACAUUGGCAACUCCCCCGUCUCCGUCAUCGUCCUCGCCCACAACCACUUCCGCGGCUGCCUUCCGGCCAGCCUCGGCAACAUGUCGAGCACGCUCAACGAGAUCAUCCUCAUGAACAGCGGCCUCAGCUCGUGCUUCCCUCCCGAGAUCGGCCUCCUCACCGGCCUCACCGUGCUCGACGUCAGCUUCAACAAGCUCGUGGGGCCGCUACCGGACUCGCUCGGCCGGAUGCUCAACCUCGAGCAGCUCGACGUCGCGCACAAUCUCCUCUCCGGUGGAAUCCCCGCCUCGAUCUGUCGCCUGCCGCGGCUGAAGAACUUCACUUACUCCUACAACUUCUUCGCCGAGGAGCCGCCUCAGUGCUUUGCGGUGGAGUCGUUCGACGACGGCCGGAACUGUCUACCCGGCAGGCCGAAGCAGCGAACCCAGCGCCAAUGUGGGUCGUUCCUCUCCCACCACCACGUCGACUGCUCUGCUUUUGGCUGCAAGCCCUUCGUGCCGGCUCUGCCGCCGCCGUCCCCUCCUCCGCCUUCUCCGCCGCCACCAUCACCUCCUCCGCCAUCCCCGUCGCCGCCGCCACCGUCGCCUCCCCCGCCAUCUCCUCCACCACCCUCACCUCCUCCGCCAUCUCCUCCACCACCGUCGCCUCCUCCACCAUCUCCACCGCUGCCGUCGCCUUCACCACCACCGCCACCGUACUGUGUCCGAUCCCCGUCACCACCUGUCUACUGCCCACGAUCUCCAUCGCCACCAGUCUACUGCCCGCGAUCUCCUUCACCGCCUGUUUACUGCAAACGAUCACCACCGCCACCUCCCCACAACUCUCCUCCACCACCGGUGCAUUCUCCACCGCCUCCGAUCUAUUCACCUCCGCCGCCGCCCAACUCACCGCCACCUCCGAUCUAUUCACCUCCUCCACCGCCCAACUCACCCCCACCUCCGAUCUAUUCACCUCCUCCACCGCCUAAUUCACCACCACCUCCGCCGCCUAAGUCACCACCCCCUCCACCGCCUAAUUCACCACCACCUCCGCCGCCUAAUUCACCACCCCCUCCGCCGCCAAAUUCACCACCCCCUCCGCCACCUAACUCACCACCCCCUCCGCCACCAAACUCGCCACCACCUCCGCCGCCUAACUCACCACCACCUCCGCCGCCUAACUCACCACCACCUCCGCCGCCUAGUUCACCACCACCUCCGAUCUAUUCACCUCCUCCACCGCCUAACUCACCGCCACCUCCGCCGCCUACCUCAUCACCACCCCCUCCUCCUCCACUGCACUCUCCACCGCCACCGCCACACUCACCUCCGCCUCCACCUCCAUGCAUAGAGCCGCCACCACCUCCGUGCGUCGAGCCGCCACCUCCCCCAUGCAUCGAGCCACCACCUCCCCCAUGCAUCGAGCCGUCAUCACCUGGUCCCUCACCUCCCCUGUAUGAACCCCUACCGCCCGUCGUCGGAGUCACCUACGCGUCCCCUCCGCCUCCUUUCUACUAAUUCUUUUUCAAAUCUUCCUCGUCACCCACCCACCCACCCUCCAAUCCCCAAAUUUAGGAUUUCAUUUCCUUUUGCCCCUUGUUUACUGAAUUCAUGUGUUUGCAGUCUCGUCGUCUUCUCCAUCAAAAUCUCUUUUCCGUUUCUUAUUCUUCCCAUCUUUCUCAAGGUGAUGAAGACUCGAAAACAAGGCACGGAGAGAGCGUCUCCAUGGUCGUUCGAAGGGUGAUGAUACAUAUAUAUGAUUCGGGGUUGUGAAUAAACGAAUGGGUUUAUGAGAGGCAGUCAAGAAUCAGAGCGAGAGAAAGAGAAAAAGUGUAGGUGCAGUGAAACUUAAUGUAUAGUAGAGCAUGCGACUCUAAAAAGUAAACCAUCAUCUCAUUCCCUACUAUGCUUGUUUUCGUUUCAUGGUGUGCUCCUUUGAUGUUCAACUCCCGUCUUUUCUUCAUCCGAUUGCUUGCAGUUUUGCCACACGAAGAAGUUCUGCUUCGUAAUGUUUCUUCUUCUUCUUCUUCUUCUUCUUCUUGUCGUCGUCGUCCAAAAGGCAGGCACUGACGGUGACGGUGGUGAAAGCUACCUUUGCCGAACGCCUUCCUUCCUCUGCAUACGCCUCUGUUCCUAUCGUUAUCUACUUUCUUGCUGGUUUUUGAUACGUUGGGGAAAGUAUAAUAAUGUACACGAGUGUUUCUUAAAACUUGCAUACUGGACUGGCUGCCAUCAUGUCUUCCUGUACGACUAACUCUCCACAUCCUUCUUUGGGUGCUCCCAGUCCUGUUUAGCUGCUAAUAAUAGUCUGAUCAACUGAGCUCCCUCAACAGCAUCGCGUACAAGAGCUCGUUCCACGCAUCGGGGACUCCGGGGAGGCACCAGUGGCUGCAGUCCUGGAACUCUCCGGGUUUCCUCUUGCCGGCGGGCACGCGGUACACCGACGGGUGGGCGUCCUUGCGGUAGUCCGUCAUCCUCGUGAUGUUGAGAUAGAGAACCGGCGUCGUCAUCUCCCCGAUCACAGAUUCCAGGAUGCCCGUCAGCUUCAGGUACUUGGCGAGGUGCUUGUCCUCCGUGAUGGGCUCCGUCUCCCCGUCGCAGUUGCCACCCGAGUUCCACUGCCCGCCGCUGCAAAAAGAGCAUGCAUGCGGCUCAUCAGGUCCUGGAUCGAUCGACGGCGCGUCGCUAAUCGCCGCACGUCUCCCGUGGUUUACCUGAAGUGCGACCAGGAGUAACCUCGGAAGAAGACCCGAGUGCGGUUGGAGUUGACCUGGGUGUCGACCCAGGUUCCCCAUGUCCUCAUCGCCUUCCGGUACGCGUCUUCCGCGCUCAGCUGGGGAUAGACAUGGUCGCCUUCCUGGUAGAAGUUCCUCCUGCCCAAAGAAACACAUAAGAUGGCCGAAGCAAAAAAGCGGAAAGAGACCAUGCCGCCGCAUGUUCCUCGCACCCUUUCGAGGUCUUCUCGUGCGUCCACCAGUGGCCCGAGUUGAAGACGAGGAUGUCGGCGGUCCUGUAAGCAUCCGACGACGCCUCGAUCAAAUCCAGCCGGAGCGUUUCCCUGCUCUUCCCCUGCGAGUCCACCCUGGAGCUUUCCCGCACCAGGAACGGCGACCGGAAGAACUCGAUCGAGCAGUUGUAGUCCUGCGCGGUUCGCGAGCAGGAGGUGCAUGAACGAAACCCACCACCAACGACAAAAGAGAGAAGAGAAGAUGGAUGAUAUCCUUCAAGGAGGUGUAGCACCGCGUACCUCGAAUCGGAAAGCGAACGAAUUGUCGGUUCUGAACUCCUUCCUCCCGGACACCUCGAAAACGCGGUGCUUCCUCUUCAGAGGGUGCCUCAGGAUGCAGAGAAGCGAUUCCCACAUGUUGCGGUUCAGCGAGUCGCCCACGAACACCAGUCUCUUCCCCCUCAACGCUCUCAGCAUCUUCUUCCCCUCGAGCCUAUAUAGGAAGCAAAUGUCUUCUUAGGAAGGGUAGAAUUU